AUGGUGGAUGGGGGGGAGUUGGGGCCCUUCUAUCGAGGGGUGGACGGGGCGUACUUCGGAACCACUUUCCCGCACCUGUUCUUCAUGACGUACGGGACCUUGGUCCCGGACCCUCUCGACAAAGCCUUCGUGCCCCGGGUGUUCGGCUUCCGCGUCCACUCCACCGCUCCGAACGGGGCGUCCGCCAGCGGCGACCGUCACGGCCAGCGCCUACAGGAGCGUAAGCGGCUACGCCGAGCGAGCCUGCCUCCCCCCAAGGAACCAGGCGGGGCGGGGGAAGGCGGGACAGGUGUAGUAGGACCAGCAGCAGGGGGAGAGGUAGCAGGAGCGGUAGCCAGCGGUGCUGGGAAGGGGAAGGGGCGAGCGAAGGAAGGCGCGGACGCAGGAGGUGGCAGGAACGGGGUCGUGGUGCGCAUAAAGGAAGAGGAGGGGAGCUGGAGCACAGGCGGAGGCGGGAGAGAGAAGGGGACAGGGGCUGCGGCCGGGGAAGGACCGGAAACGGUGGCGGGGGAGGCGGAGGUCGAGGGGGCGGAAUGCCGAAAGGAUGCUAGAAGCGGUAGGAGAAGCGGGGCUAGCGAGAGAAUGGAAGACGGCGGCGAUCGCCAUGGCAGCAGUCACGGCGCGGAGAACGGACACGAGACGAGCCCUACCGUAACGCUGCAACACUCCGGGACUCCAACCGAAGGGAAGGGCCCAGCAGAGAGCAACUGCGUCACCAUCGCCACGCCUCAGCGGUCCGAUGGGGGGAACGCCGAAAACGGCGGCGCCAGGUGUUCCAGUCACGACAGAGAAGCCGCUGACGCCAACGCGAGGGCGGCGGCAAUGACGAAAAACGAUGGCACUAACAACAGCGAGUCUCUUCGAAGAGAUGCCUGCGGUGCCGGGAGAGGGAGCCGUUCUGGCGACGGUGCAGCACAAGCCAGCGCGGUGGCGGCGGCGACGGCAGCGGCGGCGGCAGCAGCAACAGAGUCGUCGUCGAAAUCUGAUGGUCCUCAGAAAGAUCGGGGGAAGAAGCGGUCCUCCGAGGUAGAGCUCGAAACGGAGCUAUCCCGAGAAGCAGACGGCGGCGGCGGCGGCGGCGGCGGAGGCGGCGAUGGCGGUAGUGGCGCAGGGGAGGCGGGCGGAGGAGGAGGAGGGGGAGGAGGAAGAACCAGAGGGAAGGUGCUUCGCGGCGGUAGAAAUCACGCAUCGCCGGCUGCCCGAGGGGUUUCCUCCUUGAGGUCUGCUGCGCCUGCCACCACCGCGAUGGCGGUCAAGGGCGGAGUAGUCGGGAGCCCGGGCGGCCGGCGGAUUGGCCAAGGCCGCUCCCCCGUGUAGUUUGGGAGAGGAGGAGGAG